UUGGCAAAUGGAACGCUCCAAUAAGCUCAGCAGGCCGUCAACAAUAAGCCAGGAAACCCGAUCCCACUUCCCCGUCCCCAACAACACAAAGGACGACAACAAAUUGACCGUUAGGUGUCGGCUGACCGACCUCACCUGUUUGUCAAAACCUGCACCGGUGCGUUUACUGCGUUUUCUUUCCAGAAAACAGAACAACCAAGCGAGGAAUCUCACCGAUACAGGACUGAACAUGGACAACGCAUUGUGCUUUCGGUGGGGUGGCAAGCUGCCAAUGCUGAACAUGAUAGCAAUCGUAUUGCUGAUGGUGAUCACUACUGCGCAGUCUCAGAACACCACUACAGCAGUCAUGACAGAAGUCGCCUCCACCGCAGCGGGCAGUACGCAUGCGCCAACCGUCCCUGCACCACCACCCAUGCCCGUCCAAAAGCUAGUGGGAUCCGUUAGCGCCCGCGAGGAAAACGGCUCACGUCUCACCGACCUACAGAACGAGAUGACAGCGUUACUCGUCGAAUCCUUCAACGGCACCAACAGCGAACUGGCCCCCAUCUUUCAACGAAUCGAAGUCGAGAACGUCAGCUUCACCGUCAACUUCCGGUUGGUCCUGAGCAAGAAUGUGAACGGAAGUGACGUCAACGGGACGGCCGCCGCCGCAGUGCUCCUCGGGAGUUUGUCAGACUCUGGCAUGCUGGGAAAGUUUCUGGUUGGGGAUGAAGGCGUGUAUUUCUGGAUGCCAACAAUUCCUGAACCGACCGAACCGCCUUUUGAACUGCCAUAUUGGGGCCCCGCAGUAGCUAUUGUGAGCAUGGUGGUGGUUUUUGUAGUUCUAGUCAUAGUGGCUGCCUGUUACAUCAGAUUUAAGUCAGACAAGUCAACACUGGUACGACACGAAGAAGAGUUCGAUGCUGAGUUGUAAAGAAUAUCUUAGUAUGUUACAAUUUUAAGACCGUAUAUCCGUACACAAAAUAAAGCGCUUAUACACAAGCUUU